AUAUGCCUCCAAUACCAACACACCUUAAAUAAAAAAUAUUUAAAAAGAAAGCGAGUAAUGAGAUGGCAUUAUAAAAUCCCAUUCAGAGUGUAUUCAGAACAAUUGAAAAGUCUUAAUCUUUGUCUACCUUUACCCCUGCCCUCCAAUGAGAAAUCUAUGCUUUCACCUGUGCAUUUUGAUUUUCCUAUCUUGCAUUAAUUUAUCAAUUUGUUAUUUUGAUGAGCAGAACAAAUUCAGAGGUCUCUUUGUGUUUGGAGAUUCCAUGUUUGAUCCUGGAAACAAUAAUUACUUAAUGAAUCCCUCAGCAUAUCGAGCAAAUUUUAAGCCAUAUGGAGAAUCAUAUUUUAAGCAUCCUACCGGAAGAUUUUCUGACGGCCGCCUCAUCCCUGAUUUUCUUGCGGAAUUUGCAUAUUUACCAAUGAUUCCAUCAUAUUACCAAGCUCUUCACAACCAUUCGAUUAAUCAUGGAGUGAACUUUGCCUCUGCUGGUGCUGGUUGUCUAGAUGAAACCUACACUGAAAAGGUGAUCAGCCUAAAUACCCAAUUAGGCAAUUUUAAGAUUGUAAGAGAAAAGUUGAAGGCACAUCUAGGGAAAAAAGAUUCAGAGGCAUUGUUGUCCAAUGCGGUCUACUUGUUCAGCAUAGCCAACAACGAUUAUCUACGUCUUUUUGACAUCCCUGAUACACCUUCGGACUUAUCUUGUUUAGCUUAUGCAACAGAGCAGGAAUAUAUAAAUAUGGUGAUGGAUAACUUCUUUACUGUCAUUAUGGAAAUAUACAAGUUUGGAGGAAGAAGAUUUGGCAUCCAAAAUCUGCUGCCUUUGGGCUGUUUACCAAGAUUUAGGGGUCUUGCUUUUCUUAAGGAAGGUCCUCAUAGUGAUUGCUUGGAUGAACUCAACACCAUAGUAAAGAAGCACAAUUUAGCUCUUUCACAAAAACUCAAACAGAUCAAGAAGGAAUUAAGAGGUUUCGAAUACUCGCUCUUCAGUGUCUUUGAUGCUCUUAAUGAACUCUUUGAGAAUCCUUCAACAUAUGGUUUCAAAGAAGCAAAGGCAGCAUGCUGCGGGUUUGGUCCAUACAGAGGAUUUGGUAGUUGUGGAACGGCAGAGGUUUAUGAGUUGUGCAAAAAUGUGAAGGAACACGUAAUAUUUGACUCUUAUCAUCCCACUGAAAAGGCUUUCCAUCACUUUGCACGAGUAUGGUGGCAGGGAGAUCCAAAAUUGGUUGAGUCUCAAAGUUUGAAAUCCCUGUUGGCGUAGUCAACCGCUCAGUCUUUGUCUAGUGGACAAGUUAAAGUGUUCACCAUUCGCGUACCAUUUCAUUUUUUCAAGGUUGAGCUAAUUCAAUUAAAGCUAAUGCCAUGCUUUUCUGCAUCAUUAGAAAUUUUGAUCAUCAAAUUGUAUGUUGUCGCUU